UCUUUGCCUCUUAAGGGCACAAAGCCUCGUUCAAUAUGCCAAUCAAGGGUACUCGAUUCAAAGCUGUUUACAAAGCUGGAUGAAGACGAAAACAUGCGCAUUGAUCUUUCAUUCAUGUACUUCUUCCGCUCAGAAAUUGAGCUCCUAGCAUUAUUUUCUCAAACAUUAUUUUCUGAAGGUCCCGCCUCAUCUAAAAAGGCGCCUUCCUGCAGUAGAGAUUUAUUGGACAUCUUAAAGGUUUGGUCUGACACUACUAAAAAGCUAAUGGAUUUCGAUACUGAGUACGAAAUCUCUCCAUUCAGUUUCUUGAUUCUUUUAAUCAGCUCUUUCUUCUUAGGCUGUGACUUAGAGUGGGGAAGAUAGAUAUGGAACUUAAUCUUUGCUAAAUUCAUGUGCUUAUCCAACACAUUAUUUGCCGUACGCAGCUCUUGUUUUAAGCUCAGAAGCAUAAUGAGUGCACCUGUUUAAUUUCUUGAAUAAAUUCUUGUAAAUUGAGUCUAUUUUGAGUGGCUUUUCAGCCCUAUUGUCACUCUUCCUGCGAUUAUCAGCAAUAUUCAUU